GCAGCAAGUAUUAUAUCUAAAUGUUCAUGCAUUUAUAACUCAGAAAUGCAGUUUCACCUCUUUGCCUAUUCCAGCGUCCUCAGACAACAAUAACAUGUUAUAACCAGUUUUUGUUUCCCCAUUAAUAGGCCUAUAAUAAACUGCUACGCAUUUCAUUCAAUUCAAUUUACAGCGCAAAAAUAACACGAAUAAUGAAAAGACAAUGACAAGCGUAUUUUUUUAUUAGUAAGACUGAUAUAGUCUUUAAUAAUAAAUGCUACAUGGGAUUCUCUGGUGUGAUGGUGCUUCGCUACGAUAUAGUGGAGAGGAAAAUAAUUGCAUCACUGCAUCUUCUCAUUGGUUGACAUCCAUUGUGGAUUAAGGCAGAAACCGACACAGAUGGUGUGAGAAUAGCCACAUCUGUCUGCUGCACCACAACAAAAGGUAUCACGGAGCUCCAGUACGGUGGUCCAGCCACCAUUAAAAUGUAUAUUGCAGCAAACGGCAGAUAGUUGCGAGCGCAGCCUGUAAUUCCGCGUCUAGGUUUUUCCUUUUUUUUCCCAUCGCGCCCGUCUGUCUGGGUUCUCCAGCAAAGCGAGGAAGAUGGCUGCCAUGAAAAUUUUAACAUGCUCGGGACUCUUUUUAGCCCUUUGCUCCCUGGGAUUGUUGGCAAUGGCAAUCUGCACGGACUACUGGUACGAAACAGAUGCGAGGAGGCAUCGAGAGCGGUGCAAGAAUUUUGCCAGCAAGAGAAACGAUCGGGGAUACAUCUACAUCCCCAGCGUCAACCUGCCACUCCGUAUGCCUCCGGAGUAUAUCCAUAGGAAGGAGAAGCAGGACCUAAAGCCCAACUUCUUGGCUUCUGCUGCGGCGAUGGAGUCUCACUGCAGUCGGCAGUUUAACUCCACCAUGUCCGGCUUAUGGAGAAGGUGUCAUCGCCAUGGGUUUGACCUCGAAACCGAGGAUCUCAUCUAUAAAGGACUGAUUGAACGCUGCACGCCUAUUAAGUAUCAUUACACCUCAUCCAGCCUCCCAAGAAACCUGCCUGUCAACAUCACCAAAACAAUCCGACAGGAUGAAUGGCAUGCGCUCCACCUGCGCAGGAUGACGGCCGGCUUCAUCGGGAUGGCGGUCGCCAUCAUCCUCUUCGGCUGGAUCGUCGGCUUCCUGGGCUGCUGCAAAAAGCACGAUCUGAUGCAGUAUGUAGCCGGGCUCCUCUUCCUCAUGGGAGGUACCUGCUGCAUAAUUUCCUUGUGCACCUGCGUGGCUGGGAUCAAUUUCGAGCUGUCCCGUUACCCGAGAUACAUGUACGGAUUACCCGAGGAUAUCAGUCAUGGCUAUGGCUGGUCCAUGUUCUGUGCCUGGGGUGGACUGGGCCUCACCCUAUUGGCUGGAUUUCUGUGUACAUUAGCACCAUCCCUUAGCACACCCCAAACAGUGCUACAAAAGGCCAGCCAUGAAAACGGCACUGUGUGACAGACAAGGAAAUGCACCAAUCAUCAAAGGCUUCCAUUUUCUCCAGCCUAUGAUACCUUUUCUUUAUGACUUUCAUGACAAAGUGACCUGGAUGAAAAGAAAAUUAUACAAAAAAAAACAAAAAAAAACAAACCACAUGCAGAAGACCCCUGCUCAGAAUCUGGGGUGUGAUGUUCAAUGCAAUCCAGACCGAACCAUCAGAAGACACAUUUUUAAAUGGGAUUACUGUUAGAAUGGUGCUCUCUAACCAUUUUUGUGUGUUUUUACAGGAACUUAACAACAAAACAAAGCAGUGUUUUAAAACAUGGAACAAAUUGGGUGGGAAAAAAUACUGUGACAGCUACUUUUUUUCCCCCCCCGCAAAAAAAAACUUAAUAGGGUGAACGGUAAUGUGUUUGUUGUUGCUCGCAAAAUAACAGAAAAGAAGCAAACUAUGCUGGCGUAAACUGUUAAUUGUUUUAAAUAUUUCACAGACGUGGUAUUUCUAGGAAGGAUUUGGGGAAUUACCUAAGUUUACCAACUAACUUGCAACAAGAAUAAAAAUAAUAAUAUAAAAAAAUUCCCAGAGCACAAAUCAAGGAGACUUUCACCAAAAGAAGAAAAUGAAGAGCACAUGUGGACAAGGGUGAAAAUAAGAGAAUACAACCGUUCAGAUAGAAUAUUUCUAUCGAGAUGCUGUUGUCAAUGUGGCUAUUGUGUGAGGAAUGUCCUUUUGUCGGCAAAAAUGUUACCUUAAGCCUAAAAGCUUUAUGUAAGGAAGAAUAAAUCGUACUUGAGCCAGUUUUCAGCAUUAAAUGAGCAUGACCUGUUCUGAUUGUGAAAGUAAACAUUAAAUAUUUUCACCGUG